GCUCAGAUCAUGGGCAAACAGACUCGCUUUCGUGGAUGGACUUAAACGCAGCGCGCCACUGACGUCAUGCAGCUCCACUUUGAUCUCUUGCAGAGUGGGAUUGCACUGUCGUAAUUACCGCCUCCACUGCUCCUCAGCACAGCCAGAAAACAAUGACGUCAUCAGACAAGGAUUACUCCUCACCUCUCAGCACAAGCUCUUCAGAGGCAGAGGCAACGACCACAGCCCUGAGCCUGGAUUCAAGCAGCAGCAGUACAGACACUUUGUUUACUGACAGCAUGGUCGUCUGGGUGAAGGUGGUCAUUCCAAGCUGCUGUGUUUGGAAAAUAAGGCAUAAAUCUCCUGAUCCAAGGGACACGGACACUUCAGACUGCACUGCCCUUAGAAAAUCCCCCGAAAAAAACCUCCUAUAGCCAGUAAAUGUCCCGGUCACUCCAUGUGGACAGUCCUCCUCACAAACCCUCUCUGACCUGCAGCUACGUCCACGGCACCUCCAUCGUCCCUCUGCUCUCCCAGACCGUGGCUCAGAGCCUGGACAGCACAGUGCAGCGCUGGCCGGACCGUGAAGCUGUCGUCUUCCUGCAGGACGGCAUCCGGAAAACCUUUGCACAGUUUCAGCAAGAUGUAGACCAGGCAGCAGCAGGUCUCCUUGCUCUGGGCCUGAAGCGAGGCGACCGACUGGGAGUUUGGGGACCCAACAUUUACGAGUGGAUCCUUUUCCAGUUUGCCUCAGCCAAGGCUGGGAUUAUACUGGUUGCCUUGAACCCAGCCUAUCAGGUGAAGGAAGUGGAGUUUACGUUAAAAAAGGUCCAGUGUAAGGCAGUGGUCUGUCCUACUUACUUUAAAAGCCAGAAGUUCCUUGAGAUGCUGAGGGAGAUCUGCCCAGAGAUUGAUGAGGCACCAGCUGGUAUGAUCCAAAGCUCCAGGCUGCCAGACUUGCGUAUGGUGAUCGUGACAGACAGCAGACAGCCAGGGAUGCUGCAUGUGGAGGAUGUGAUGCAAGCAGGAGAGAGUCGACACCACAAAGAGCUGAUGGAGCUACAGAAGAAGCUGUCCUUCGAUGACCCCAUCAAUAUUCAGUUCACAUCGGGAACUACAGGGAGCCCAAAGGGAACGGUUCUUUCCCAUCACAAUAUUGUCAAUAAUGCCUACUAUAUCGGCCUCAGGGUGGGAUAUGCAUCAAGGCCCCAGGUGCGAGUGUGCGUCCCUGUGCCGAUGUACCACUGCUUUGGCUCAGUGCUUGGAGGGAUUUGCAUGGCAGUGCACGGUGUUACGCUCGUCUUUCCUAGUUCUGGCUACAACAUCAAUGCUAAUUUGGAGGCCAUUCACAGUGAAAAGUGCAACUUCGUCUACGGCACUCCCACAAUGUUCAUCGACUUGCUUAGCCAACCAGAUUUACACAAGUAUGACCUGUCAUCAGUUGAAUCUGGGAUCAUGGCAGGGUCUUCGUGUCCACCUGAGAUUGUUAGAAAACUGAUAACAGACAUGAACAUGACAGAGAUAGUCUUAGGUUAUGGAACCACAGAGAAUAGCCCCCUUACAUUUCUGGGGUUUCCACAAGACAACGAUGAACUGAAGAUAAACACGACUGGAUGCAUCAUGAGCCACACUGAGGCAAAAGUGGUGGACCCCACUACUGGGGUGGUUGUUCCUCUGGGAGAAUCAGGAGAGCUGCUGGUCAGAGGACCCUGUGUCAUGCACGGGUACUGGGACGAUCCAGAAAAAACUAGAGAGGUCAUUUCACAAGAUCGCUGGUACAGGACUGGGGACACAGCCAGCCUGAACAGUCUGGGUUACUGCAGAAUUGAUGGACGUAUGAAAGACAUGAUCAUCCGUGGAGGGGAGAACAUCUAUCCUGCUGAGAUAGAGCAGUUUCUUUACACGCAUCCCAAAGUGCAGGAGGUGCAGGUGGUUGGGGUGAAAGAUGAGAGGCUGGGUGAGCAGGUGUGUGCCUGCAUCCGGCUGAAAGAGGGUCAGAGCUGCAGUGCAGAGGAGAUUAGAGCGUUCUGCAAAGGACAGAUUUCUCAUUUCAAAAUCCCACAUUAUGUGAUGUACGUAGACGGCUACCCCCUCACCAUUUCUGGAAAGAUUAAGAAGAAUGUUUUAAAGCAGGAUAUGGAGAAGAAACUAGGCCUUUAACAUGAAGGACAGCGAGUGCACCUGCUGGAAAACGUAGGACAUCUGAUCUGACAUCUGCGGGGCAAUGAUGCAUGUUGAGCUAACCUUGGGACUCUCAAAGUGAAUUGCUCCAUCUCUUUAUUAUCUUAAACAUUUGUUCUCGACCUUGGUCAUAUUUGUCCGACAAUAAAUUCUUAAAGAGGGCAAACAGCCGAUGAAGACCCCAAAAUGGGGCUAAAGGCGACAGAAAACCUUCUGCUACAAUACA